UACCGUGUAGAACAACAAGGGUUUGACUUUGCCUGCUACUAAUAAGUAUUUUUUUAACGUUGUGUUUUUGUCGAGCAGAAACAGAGCAAACCACUACUCUAGAACUUGUUAUUUAAUCUCUAUAUAUUUUGCUGUUUCUCCCUUUGAUUUGUAAAGAAAGAAAGUUCAGGUUUAGGUUUCGGUUCGGUUUAGUUUGAUAUUCGAAGAUCAGCAGAGAGAGAUUAAGUCAACUCAGAAUGGAGAGCACGCUGAAGGAGAUGAGAGACGGAGCUUCGGUGCUCGACAUGGACCCCAAAUCCACUGUCGGUGGUGGUGUUGAGGACGUUUAUGGCGAGGAUCGUGCCACUGAGGACCAGCUUGUUACUCCCUGGACCAUCUCCGUUGCCAGUGGAUUUACUUUGUUGAGGGAUCCACAGCACAACAAAGGGCUUGCUUUCACUGAGAAAGAAAGAGAUGCACACUACCUGCGUGGUCUUCUUCCUCCAGCAACUAUCUCUCAACAGCUUCAGGAAAAGAAAUUGAUGAACACCAUUAGACAAUAUCAACUUCCUCUUCAAAAAUAUACGGCCAUGAUGGAACUUGAGGAAAGGAAUGAAAGGUUGUUUUAUAAGCUUUUGAUCGAUAAUGUUGAGGAAUUGCUUCCGGUUGUUUAUACACCGACGGUUGGGGAAGCUUGCCAGAAGUAUGGAAGUAUUUUCAAGCGUCCUCAGGGUUUAUAUAUAAGUUUAAAAGAGAAGGGGAAAGUUCUUGAUGUGCUGAAAAACUGGCCUCAGAAGAGUAUUCAAGUUAUUGUUGUUACUGAUGGUGAAAGAAUUUUGGGACUUGGGGAUCUUGGCUGUCAGGGAAUGGGCAUUCCUGUUGGGAAGUUGUCUCUUUACACUGCACUUGGAGGAGUUCGUCCUUCAGCUUGUUUGCCAGUAACCAUUGAUGUGGGUACGAACAACGAGCAAUUGCUGAAGGAUGAAUUCUACAUUGGACUGAGACAAAAGAGGGCAACUGGCCAGGAAUACUCUGAACUUCUCCAUGAGUUCAUGACUGCUGUAAAACAAAAUUAUGGGGAGAAAGUUCUGAUUCAGUUCGAAGAUUUUGCUAACCACAAUGCUUUUGAUCUGCUUGCAAAGUAUGGCACAACUCAUUUAGUCUUCAAUGAUGAUAUACAGGGAACGGCUGCUGUUGUUCUUGCAGGGCUUAUUUCAGCACUGAAGUUGCUAGGUGGUUCCCUGGCUGAUCACACUUUCUUGUUCCUUGGUGCUGGGGAAGCUGGAACUGGUAUAGCAGAGCUUAUAGCUCUUGAGAUGUCAAGACGGUCAAAAACUCCUUUGGAAGAGACUCGCAAGAAGAUUUGGCUGACAGAUUCAAAGGGUUUGAUUGUUAGUUCUCGCAAGGAGUCAUUACAACACUUCAAGAAACCAUGGGCUCAUGAACAUGAACCCGUUAAAGGACUCCUAGAAGUUGUCAAGGCAAUCAAACCAACAGUCUUGAUUGGAACAUCCGGAGUGGGAAAAACGUUUACUAAGGAAGUGAUUGAGGCCAUGGCUUCUUUCAAUGAGAAACCUCUAAUUUUGGCUCUCUCCAACCCAACCUCACAAUCUGAAUGUACAGCUGAAGAAGCCUACACUUGGACUAAGGGCAAAGCAAUUUUUGCUAGUGGAAGUCCAUUUGAUCCUGUUGAGUACGAGGGAAAAGUUUUUGUUCCUGGCCAGUCCAACAAUGCUUACAUUUUCCCUGGCCUUGGCCUGGGUUUGGUCAUCUCUGGAGCUAUUCGUGUUCAUGAUGAUAUGCUUCUGGCAGCCGCGGAAGCCUUGGCUGGGCAAAUUAAAGAGGAGUACUUAGCAAAGGGGCUGAUUUACCCACCUCUCUCUAACAUCAGAAAAAUCUCAGUCCAAAUUGCUGCUAACGUAGCUGCCAAGGCAUAUGAACUUGGCCUAGCUACACGUCUCCCCCGUCCAGAAAACCUUGUGAAGCACGCAGAGAGUUGCAUGUACAGUCCCGCCUAUAGAUACUACCGGUGAAUUGUCUGUGUUACUGUUCUUGUGCAUUUAUGCUUUCUUUUGGUGUGAAGCUGCGUGCUGUCUUGAGAGCAACCGCUAUAAUAAGCAAAAUAAAUUGUCUGGGCUUGUAAUAUCAGUACCUUGUUAAACUAGUAAAUGGAGCUACUUUUCUACUUGACUGGUAAUGCGAAUCAAGCCAUGGCAGGCAACGCUUGCUGGUUGAUGUUCACACA